AUGAGUUCCGAACAACCCAGCACACACGUCAGGCGUCUGCUGGAGGAUUGCCUCAGUGCUGCCCGAAAGCAUGACUACACUCUCGCCCUGACCGCUGUGAAUGAUGCUCUCAGAGCCCGUGAUAGUGACAAGACGGUGUCUCUCAUCAAUAUCCUGGAUCAUCGAGUUGCGGUCUAUCUCCGAAUGGAUCUUCCGGACCAGGCUCUAAAAGACGCGAAAGCCAUGAUCCGACUUGAUCCAAAGGACGCACGAGGCUACAUCCGGAGUGGAAUCGCGGAACGCCGCAAGAACAAUAAAACAGCCGCAAUGAGAUAUUUUGAAUAUGGCUUGAAGAAAGUACCCAAGUCAGAUGCAAACCAUGCAUUGCUUGUCAAAGAAAUUAAGGAAACAACUGAGCAGAUCAGGCUCGAAGUCGUGCUCUCGCAAGCACAAGACCCCCUCAGCGUCCUCCCUUUUGAGGUUGUUGAACUCGUUCUUUCAUUUCUCGACUACCGGUCGAAUGUACGUCUGCUCCGUGUCUCUAGGUCAUGGAACAAAAUUGUGAAGAGCUCGCGCCCACUGAUCGAGACCCUGGCUUUCCCUAACUCCACAAAACAAAUCACCCCGAGAGCACUUGUUGCUGCCCUCGGCAGGUGCCGGACACUCAAGACGGUCAAAUUGCCCCAACUUCCUGGCACUACGGCGGACUACCUUGGUCGGGCGCUGACGCACAGCGAGCGCUAUCCAACGUUACAACAUUUUGAAUGGCGAAGUGCCGAGCGCUAUCCAAAGUGGCUCCCGAUAAGCCAGUACGACUUGAGGGUAGUUAUUGUCGAAUGCAGCAGGGCCGUGAUCCCUAUUGAAUGGGUUCAUGCCGUUCUACGCGGUUGUAAAUCCCUAGAUACCGCGAAAUUCAAACAUGUGUCUGGGCCGUCCGGUAUCGAUAUACAACUGCGCAGUGAUAGUCUUCGAGAGCUUGAACUCCAUUCUGGUGGUUCGGCCUACUUCGAUUCUGAUCGCAUCUCUUUCGACUGCCCCCAGCUGAGGGUGCUCUCUUAUCUGCGCCAUAUGACGAAACUUCGAAAUUUCCACCUCAUCGACGCUCGUUUACCCAGCAUCGCCUUACCGACAUCACCGAGGCAAGUGCAGCUCGUCUCAUGCUUCUUCCUCGUCCAAUCCUCCGUGCCUGAGCUACCUUUGACCCCGUUAAACGAGCUCGAGGAACUCCAAGUGGAUUGUGAUGUCUUCCCUCUGUUCCUCCUCCAGUCUAUCCAACAGAGCUUACCAGGAAACCUACUGAAGUUUUCGGUGACUGCCAACGACCAAAGUGCUGGGCACUUGACUAGAAUAAUGAGCAUGCCGUGGUUUCAAAGUUUAAAGUCUCUUCGCAUUAUCAAUCCCGACUUUAUCAGCGUCGACGGGUUUCCAUAUAUCAAGAGCUGUCUGGCUCUAGAGGAGCUUCGCCUCGAACAGGCUGGAAGCAUUGGGGCAUUUGUGUCGGAUCUAAUCAGAGAGGCAGCUCAACUUCGCAGAGUCACGCUGCUUCACUGUCCUAAUGUGGCCAGAGAUAUCAUUCCAUGGGCAAAAGAACGUGGUGUGGAGGUUGAGAUACACCAGCGAGACAUACCCGCAGCUGGUGGGCGCCGCGUUGUCGAGACUUAUUGA